AACGGUAGGCAAGAUGAUUUAUAAACAAAAAAAGAGCUUACAAAAUGUUAAUAAUUGUAUCGAAUUUUGAAAUGAAAGUAUUAUUGUGACUGUAACAUAUUAUACAUCUCCGUAUUAACGAAAUUGUAUAAAAUAAAUUGGAUUAAUAAUACAGUAUGGCUUCGAUAAAUGUCCGGGAUCAAAAAAUCGAACAGCAACGACAAUUCAUGGAACAGAAAAUGAAACAAAAGAGGCAGAAUUCUGGUAUGGUUCAAGCGAAUGAUCUUAGGGUAGGUUCUGCUAAGCGACCAAUUUCUGGAAGCAGAACACGGGAACUGCAUGGCUAUGAUGGUCCAAUGCAAUUUCUAAUGUCGCCAGUGAAUCCAGAUCAAGUUAUACCCCUCCAGACUAAUAGAAUGUCUACUUAUGAUGAAUUAGGUAAUCAGAUUGAAGUUCUAACAGUGGGUGAUGAUAUUGGGGAAGGUAGCGGAGAGGAAGAGGGUGAGAGUGUUCCGGUUUGUAGCAUGGGACGGGAUGUUAGUACAGAUGAUGUCUGUGCUGAUGCCGCAGUGGCUCCCCUUCAAGGUCGGCCAAAACGGGAUACAUCUCCCAGUCAGACGGCUGAGAUCGAGGGAUCAGUUGAAGGUUCCGUGGAGACGUUUGUCAUAACUCCAGCGAAACAUGGCACGCUAUACAAAUGUAGGAUAGCGAGGGACAGGAAGGGAAUGGAUAGAGGCUUGUAUCCGACGUACUUCCUACACCUAGAGAAGGAUUACGGGAAGAAAGUUUUUCUUUUAGCUGGUCGAAAGCGGAAGAAGUCGGCUACAUCGAACUACCUCAUAUCAACCGAUCCCACAGAAUUAACGCGUCAAGCUGAUAGCUUCGCGGGGAAAUUGCGUUCCAAUUUACUUGGUACGGCUUUCACUGUCUACGAUAAUGGGAAAGCAUGGAGGAAAAACCAUAGGGACCCACCGCGACAUGAACUAGCAGCUGUCAUUUAUGAUACGAACGUGUUGGGUUUCAAAGGACCUCGCAAAAUGACAGUCAUCCUUCCUGGAAUGACUCAAGAUCGUCAAAGAGUUACAAUAGCACCGCAGGACGAUAGCGAGACGCUGUUAGAAAGAUGGAAAAGUCAAAAUUUCGAUGACAUCGUGGUCCUUCAUAACAAAACGCCCGUUUGGAACGACGAAACACAAUCGUACGUACUAAAUUUCCACGGCAGGGUCACACAGGCGAGUGUUAAAAACUUUCAGAUAGUACACGACUCGGAACCAGACUAUGUUGUGAUGCAAUUCGGUAGGAUAUCUGAGGAUGUCUUCACUAUGGACUUCAGAUAUCCCCUCUGUGCAUUACAAGCCUUCGGUAUAGCGCUCAGUUCGUUCGAUAGCAAAUUGGCUUGCGAGUAAGUUUUAAUUUGCUAUCUUAAUAUCGACACUCACAAAGACAUUUUUAAUGAAUGCACUUCUCAGUAAAAUAUAACGAAGGAUUUGAUUUCUAUGAUUAACGAAUUUUAGGUAAUUAUUUCUAUGCAUAUAUACAAUCAUGUCUACAUUUCAUUGUUUGUCUAUUGUGUCACGUAUUGAUGACGUCACAUAUGCCCAACUUAACAUUUUUAACUAGACUAGUGACUAGAGUAUGCAUUGUGAUUAUUUUCUUGUGUCGUGUGCCUAGUACAAGUUAACAUAGUAACUACAUACUAAGCGUUUUUAGUUUCUCAUUCAAUAACCUUAUAAAUACUAUGUAUAGAUGGUCUAAACUAAAAUGACGCGCCCCACUACUUUUAUUUGAUUUAGAUGUGCGAGUGCAAAAAUUUAUGGUGAACGAUUGUAUGUGUGGGAAAGUCGACUGUUUCGUAAACUGUGACUUGUAUGCAAACAUGUCGGUGGACUAGUCGCGCGAUAAAUCCGAUAAUGUUAAAUGUAUGGAGCAACGCCAGCGCAUUGUAUGAAACAGACGUCCGCUUUCUAGCAUGGUAGACAAUUACAUCUAGUUGGAAAACUAAUUGCAAAACACUUUAGCAACUACGGUCUACAAAGAAAUGUAAUUGAAAGAUUUAAUUACUAUAAUAUUAAUUAAUGAGCAGUUUCAUCCGCGUUAAAAAUAUUUUCUGGUUCAUACCCUUCUUAAAUAUUUGGGAGAUCUUCAGUCCAGUCCAGACACACCUUGGUCCACAGAUUUAAUUUCGCCAGCUGUUUUUUUUUUUUGAAAGCUAUAUCAUAACGCUUUUUAAAACAAUCUUUCCAGCCGUUGCUAGCAAAGUUCUGGAUUCCCAGUUUUGUAGCAAACUCUUUUGAUUUUUCUUUCAACAAAGUUUCAUCUAAAGGGAAUACUCUUGUCACGAGUUUGUUUUAUCCAUUCCAAAAGGCUCUUUUUGUAUUUUGAAAUUCAGAAACUAGUCCUCUUAAUAUUUUUUAUGUCUAUCAGAGCACUCAGACUUUAUAGAGUCUUUUGAUUUCAUAAUAGGUAGAUUCUGACACUAAUUUUACUAGCCAUGUCAUUCUUUACUGAUGAUAUUACUAGCCACGUCAUUCUUUAAUUUUCCCAUAUGUUUUCAAUAGGAUUUAGUUCAGUAUGGAAGGGUAGUUGUAAAAAAUCAAAUCCUUUUGAUUGAAGAAGUUCGUCGAUAAGAACCCUUUUAUCUAUAUCUUUCAUGUCAUGAUAAUCUCCACUUGUUGAGUAUGCCUUGUACACUAAAUUAGCACUUGGAACAAAUCCUAUACAUCAACCGGCAUAAACUAUGACCAACAUAUCCUCAGAUAGCCUUUUUGUAAGGGCGAUAUUCCUUUCAGUUGUUUCCAGCGCAUGUUUUAAACAUGUGUUGUAUUACGUAAGUUUAAUCUGUGAAGACACUAUACCGACCCUCGUCACGAUAUUUUUUAAAUGCUUUAAACAUUGCAACAUUAAGCGCAACAUUUACAUAUCGUGUUUCUCAAUUAAAGCUUUACGAUGGUCAUCUAUUUUCGACCAGUAAUAUCAGGAUUCCUUCAAAAUGGACCGCAAACUUUCUGUGCAACCAUUAAAGCAAUUUUUUUUGUUGAAUAUGUGCUUUAGUUUACUUAGUGUUGGUAAUUCUUGAAAUUCUACAUGAAAUGUCGCUAUCGUUCUUCGGAGUUUACCCCCUAUCAAAAUAGUCCAGGUGAGACUUAGAACGAACCCUUUACCGUUUAGAGGACGAUUUAACAAAUUUCUGCGACGUAUCCCUUGAUGCGCUAGGUUGAUUUUCUUCUUGCAAAAUUCGAGUAACCCUAGAUUCACUGACACCAACGGCUUGGGCAGUUCCUCAUCUAGCAUAAGUUAAAUUUUCUCCUUCAUUCGGUGGUGAACUUUUGCAAUAAUUGAUUUUUCCUAUUAAAUAAAGUUACGUAAAUUAAACAGCCAGAAAUAACAACCAACAUAAAUAUGGCUUUUUAAAUAAUAUUAAUUGAUAUUUUAUUUACCGGAUUCCGAAGAUGCUUUUUAGUUGCAGCAUGUCAACUGACGAUACUUUUAUGAUUUAACGAUGCGUGCUCCUACGUUUGUGGUUAACCAACGACUGAAUGCAGAAUGACCAAUCACAGUUGCAUUUUGCGUGUGUGUGAGUUUCAAAGCAGUAGUGGGGAGCAUCAUUUUAGUUUAUACAAUCAUUACGAAGCGUUAUGAAUGAAAAACUGUUAUGCUCUGUAUGUAGCGUGACUACGCCUACUGAGUACUUUGCACACUUUUGUACGCUUAUUACAAGUUUCUAUCGUCACUUUUUACUGGAGUUUACGAGUUUUUCAUUCUUUUAUCCCAGCACCUGAUAGUUUAUAACAGUUUUAUUAAUGAAAAACUCAACCUUACCACCUAUAUACCGAUAUAGUUUGAUAAUGCAAGCGGCGAGCUUGUAGCGAGGGGUUUGUAACUUGGAACUAAACGCACAUAAUUCAGUUUUUGGUGCUUGUCUUGACUUGGUUGUGUUCUUGUAGUCACGUGUACCAUUAACGAAAUAUUGUUAGUGUAUAUGCUAGAUGUGUAUGGUCCAACAAUUAGAUUUUAACUUACAAUAAGAUAUGCCAUACGUUUCUAGUUUAAUACUGAAACCGACGGUUAAUUCGUGUAUGAUAUCACUAAACAAUUGUCAUUUUAAGCCCAUUGUGCAAACUUUAAAAAUAUGGCAUACCUAAGAUAAUACGUUAAAAUAUAAGUAAAUUUAAAUAUUAAGUCUUUAUAUAGUUCACAUGUGUUACAUUCCAGCUUUUUGAGGUAAAUAAUAUGAUUUAAUAUAAUUAGUUAGCUUUGUUCUGAACUUGGCUUGAGUAAGAUACACGUAUAGUGUAUUCAAUUAUAGCUUAAUAUACGAUUUGUACUAGUCAUGUAUUUAUUUAAAAAUAACGUAAAACUAGGUACUAUAUGUUGUUUAGUUAAGAUUUAAAUAAUGCAAGGAAUUAUUCACUAACUAACCAAGAUAUUCAGUGGUCUAUAUGACAGUAUUACUAUUAUAUUAUAUUUUUCGUAAUAAAAACUACAAUGAUAGCUAUUAUGUAUGAGUAUUUUAAUAUUUAAAUAUGAAAAUUUUCAGUCAUACAAGUAUUUAUUUAUAUGUACUUGAUAAAAUAUGGUGGACAUUUUGUUUAUAUGGUAUUAAUAUUGGUCUUGCCAUAUUGUACACAGGUGUUUAUUGUGCUAUAAUAUAAUUUGCAACUUAAUUAUAUGUUUUGAACAUCUGAAUGUGUGCCUACAUGUAAAAAUACUUAGUAUAGAUAAAUUUAAAAUUAUUGUUAAGUAUAGAUCAAAGCGUUGUCACGAGCUUCUAGUUUGUACGAAUACAGAUAUUUUUCCUUUGUGGUGCACAAACCCUAUGAAUUGAUUAAAUUUAAUAAUAAUAUAAAUUGUAAUUAAUUAUAGUAAAAAAAAAUAGUAUUAAUUUUUUUUUUUUGUUAAGGUAAAUCAAAUUUAUAUCAGUAUUGUAAUACACAGGAGAGUAUUAAAAACGUAUGAGUACUAUUUAAAAUUGUGAUUUUUUUAUUCACAUAAUAUUAAAUUCAGAAUAUUAUCAAUGAAAAUGGUAAUUAAUAAUCAUUUCUAUAUAAAAUAUACCAUUUGUAUGUAUAUGAAGAUAAGUUAAAAUAAAUUUUGGUAUUGUGCCUUUGAAUAGGUUAAAUGUUUGUGCCUUUUAAUUUCUUGUCUAUGCAUAUUUGUACCUGAGGCUAUUUGUGAAAUGCUUUUCAAUCCACCCUUAACUAGUUUGAUGUUAGUGAUGUUGUAUUAGUAUAGGAAAAAAAAAAAACAGAAAAUAUACAUUAUAUCUAUUCAGGAAUAAAAUUGUGUUUGUAAAUGAAAAUUUUCUUUAUAUAUAUGUUUUUUCUUUCAUUGUAAUCAUGAUGUUCUAGCAUGAAAUGGACAAAUACUGUUAAUUUGUAUUCUAUGAUAAUUUUCUAUGAAUGAAAUGUGACCAUGUUGAGAAAUCAAAUUGAUUGUUACAAGAAUUGAAAUAUUCCAUGGAACGAAGACACAUUUAACAGUUAUAUAUAUAUAUAAUAAUAAGACAUUUUUUGUUAAAAAAAUAUUUCAAUAGUAAUAAUACAUUGGCUUUUCUUUCAUUUUGAUCUGAAAUUUGCUCAUUUUGUGAAAUUUUAAUACUAUUUGUCAGACAAUUAUUUGAUAUAUAUCAAAUGCAUGUUUAAAUGUUUUAUAACUAGUCAUUUUAUGGAUUUGCAUGUACUUAUUUGUAAUCAUGUUCGAGGCUAAUAAAAUUCUGUACAUUUAAUUAUAUGGAUUACUUAACAAUAUGCAAAACAUUCCAAUUUGUCAUGAAUUUGUUUUUUUUUUUUUAUUUAAUAAAUAAAGAUUUUUAACUUCA